CAGGUAAUAGAUGACACCGCACAGACAAAGGACAGACACGAGGAUGCUAGUAGCAGUUCUGAGGAGGAGGGCAAGACCAUACUACCCACACCGAGGAUGUUGUCGCUGCGCAGAAAAACCAGGCAGAGUUCAAAGAUCAAGGAUUAUGUUCACAGGCUGUCCUACGAUCCUAAAACCAUGUUUGGUCUCUACGUAGAAAACUUUAUCCAAUGUACAAUCGAGGGUGCGGAAAAAGAUCCCAUUGUCGUCAUGAGAAACGUUCGUCAAUUUAUGAAUGGCAUCAAGAAUUACCUUAUCAAGCAUGGUGAGGGUGACCUACAAAAUGUCAUUGAGAAAGAGCGCAAAAAGCUUCCGCCGAACGAAUUUCUGAACAUCGAUGCGAUCCUUGAGGGAGUGAUGCAUCGUAUUGUGAUCCGGCCGCUGAAGCAGCAUGUCUACCAGUGCUUCGUCGACGAAUACUCGCAUAAUGGAUCGCUGGCCCUGUUGUCGGUGAGCAUCAAGUAUGCCAGGACCCUAACAACUCAGGAACUUGGCAUAAAGUCACAUCUGAAACCUCCGGGAGGUCUGUCACUGGAGUUGAUCAAGCAGUAUCUAGCGAAAUUGCAGAAAACCUAUUCACCACUCAAGAAACUGGAGAACCUCCUUGGUGCUGCCAACACUAUUUACGAAACUGUGAUAAACUCUUGUGACCAGGGGAGAAAUAUCACGUCAAUGGGAGCAGAUGCUGUGGAAGCAGCAGGGGUAUGCCACACUGGUGGCAAGCAAGCGGGGAUGCAUGCCCAGCAGUCGAAAUCGGGUGACGUCGCCGGAUAUCUACGCGUAAUGGUGCCGAACGAGAUGAACGACACCAUCGUGCAUAAGACACUGCCCGUGCGACCGCACACGACAGCCAAGGAAAUAAGCAAGAUGCUUGCUCAUAAGCUACGCAUUACGAACCCGCAGGACUUUGCCCUCUACAGAAUAGUAGACGGAAUAGAGCAACGGCUGGACGACCUCGAGUGUCCUCAGGAGGUCCGGCAGGGCGUCGUCGCGUGCGGCGGACACUGUGCGUUCGGCUAUCGGCGCAAUGAGACGCAGAUAGGCUGGCCGAACUGUCAGAGCUAGCGCGGCCAGAAGACUAACUGCUACUAGACACCUACAGCUGUUCCUUCCUUCGUCCCCGACACCUGCCGACGCGCAAGAAACACCCGGAUGCGACCAGCUAUAGUUGCGCGGGUCGGUCAAGGUCGCCGGGGAAGCCCUGAACGUGGAUUCAUACGCGGCUUGGUGUAGCUCGCGAGUUCUGUUGACCUGGUCGUCGUUUGACCUCGACACUUAGUGACAUUUGCUUCCCGUGUUUUAUCUGCAUUUGUCAACACGUGCCUACCAAGAUCGCAUUGGUUCAUGAAGUCGUGUGACAUCCCCUAUCAACUCCCGUGAGCGGUAUAAUGUAUCCUCUUGUGCCUACCGAAAAUCUUAUUUGUCUCUAGACGGACACCAUAAGUUGUUGUUGGCAUCGCCUUCGCGCACAGCAACUCUUUAGAGUCAGUCAAUUUACUCACUCAAAUCGGGGCGAUUUUCCCCUAAAAUGUCGAACGAUUUUACGGUAAAGCAGUCUCUCUGUGUGUGUGCGCGCGUGCGUGCGUGCGCGCGUGAAAAGGUCUGCAUUAUUAGCUGUCGUCACGUGGCUUCCAGUCUGCGUGCGUGCGUGCGUGCGUGAAAGGGUUCGCAUUAUUAACUGUCGUGACGUGGCUUCCGGUCUGCGUGCGUGCGUGCG